AGCAAUUGUGUAGGUGGUGUUUUAAACAAAAGUCGGUGUCUUCCUCGCCAGUGCAACCAACUUUUAUGCCGCGCUUAGUUUGGUUUAUUCAUGCGACUUUGGGCUUGUAUUUCAUCUAAGCGAGCUUUUAAAGCCACACCGGCGUGUUUGGAGGAGCUACCCUCUGCCUUGUUAGCCCACGGACACUAAAAAAAAGUCCACGGAAAACUUAGUGUUGCCUGCCCAGUUUGGUUUAAAGUCCAGCUAACAGUAGCUCCACUAGCUACUUUAGCAGGUAGUUAGCUGCGUAUCUUAGCCGCUUAUCGUGGUUACAAUGGCAGCCAUCUGCCAACCUCGACGUGCCUUGGUGGAAAUUCCUGCCCCACAGCCCAAAAUUGCAGCCCGAAUUAGGAGGUCCUACUUGGAAAUUUUAAGUGCCCGUUUAGCCCCAUCAUCUCCAGUUCCAAGAGGGAGAAGUGGAGCUACCAACUCCAAGCGUGUGCAGUCAUUGGACUCGACCGUCAGUGGGAUGUGGAGUGGGAGGAUAGAGGAGCAGUGUGACAAGAUGGAGGAUCACCAGACCCCACUCUCCAAUCAGCAACUGGUGCAGCUGAUCAGAUCCCUCAUCUUAGUUGAACAGAGGCAGGAGCCCAAAGUGUUUACCUCAGACUUGAAGUAUCUCCAAGAAGACCUGCAGCUGAAGAAGAUGAAUGUUUACAGAUCCAUUCCCUACUCGCGGUUUGGCUCCAACAGGGACGCUCAUUGUUACAGAAAGGCUUAUCCUCACCUGGUGGCCUUCAAGGUUUCGUGCCAGGAGUGGGGCCAAGUGCUCCUGAGGAACAAAGAGUGGGACUCGGUGUUGGAGCAUGCACUGAUGGCAUGGCGCUACACCAGCGAGCUGCCGCAGUGGGACACAGUGAGCCACAACGCUCUCAGGGAACAGUGUUACAGCACUCUGGCAGCUCACUGCCUCACCGCUCUGCAGCACUAUCGCCCCGAGCCCAGCAGAGGACGCGAGCUGCUGAGAAGGUUAAAGAUGGCUCAAGUGCACAGUCAGGCCAUCGGGCCCUGUAUUCAGGAGCUGCAAAGGAUUCUGGGACAUGCUGAGCUCUCCUGUAUGGACACAAAUGAAAUGAGGAACAACACUGUGUCACCAGCUGGCUACAAUCCCCAGUGAGCCCCGUGCUUCAUUGGCUGUGUGGAUGAACUAAGUGAUUGGUGUGGAUAAGGGGCCAAAAAAGACGUUUUUACAUGGUAGUGUUUGUUUAGAAAAACCACUACAGUAUUCUUCCAAAGUUAUCAGAGGGCGGUGUCGCAGCUGGUAAUGUAAUAACUGCCAGAUGAUGUGUAAUAAAUUACAAAAAUUUGACAAAACCUUCUAAAUGGGUCAAAAAUGUCAUAAAUCUUGUAAUGAGUUGCUGUGUAAUGUAGCCAUGGCUCACUGUUAAAUGAAGGGGUGUAUCAUUUUCAGUUGAAAUAAUCCUAAAUUAUUUAUCAGCUUGAAUCAUUGCAUUCUUGUUCUUUGAGUUACUGCAUUAUCUGUUAAAAAUGUUCCACCCUUUAAAAAGUAAAUGGCAUUAACUUAUUGUCAUGUUACUAUGUUAGCCAGCAACUUGUGACAGAAGUUUUUAUGUUUUUAACCUGUUUAGAGGGAUGUUUUGUUGACAUUAUUACAUUGUGUGCCAGGUGUUACCAGCUGUUACAGGCAGAAAUACAAUUAAUAUGUUGGGUAUAUAUUUUUAGAGUUUUGUAUAGAAAAACGUUGCAUAAAAAAAAUGAAAUGAAAUUCUGAAAUGGCCUUUCCAUGUUGCUUUAUGAGGGUGUGUGUAUGUUUGUGUGUUUGUGUUCACAAUACUUGAAACUGUGGCGUUUGUCAUCUUUGCUCAGUGCUACCUUGUUUUGUAUGUAUGUCUUCUGUUUAGAGAGCAUUGUCUGUGUCACUACUGUUUGCACUGUUGGUGUUUGUCCUGAAAACUUGAAAAUUUUGAUAAAAUAGACCCCCUAAUUUAAAUAAAGUCUACUUUGUACUGCA